CGAUGUUUUCCCAUCUCUAGUAGAAAAACAGAGAAAAUUUCGUGCAUUUUGCCCGUGCAAAACUUGAAAUUCCCCACGCGUUCGUUGACAUUGCACUGAGUCCGCAGUGCACCCAACGCGCGAAUUAAGUUGGUCCCGAUUUAGCGGGCCAUAAAUCGCCAAAUCAGAAAAUAUUCGCAUUAAAAGAAGAACGGAACGGCAGUAGCAGAGCAGCUAUAAUUGUCGCUCUUGUUGUUGUGGUUGUUUGUGUUAGUGUUGGUGGUGGUGGUGCGUGUGUUGUUGUUGCUGCUUCUGGGAUGAUGCUGUGCUGUAAAGUAAAGUAAAGUAAAAGUGGUGGCAAAAGCAAACGGCCCGUGUGUGUGCAACGCAAAAUACUCGCUGCAAUUGGCUUGGCGGCCAAACGGAAAAUGAUAAGAACGAUAGUGUUUUAGUUUUGGAACCCAAUAGUCGCGAAAUUAUCGAACUGUGCUUCGUGCAAAGAAAAUGCGCCAAUAAGCAAACGCAAACAUCGUUUGUUUUAUUGCAUUCCCAACAUACACAAACGCACGCAGUCGCAUUCAUAUGCUUUGCAGCAGCAACAGAGAUUUUUUUGACCACACUCACUCACACACACCCACAUGCAUCCACGCAGCAAACAUAACAACAGCAUCAAAACGGAGAGAGCAGUCAAAUGUUUUUACUUGAGUGAUCUGGUUGCCAAGGAUUAGAGCCACCAACAAGGAGUGAGAGGAUACGACAAGGAGGAGCCAAGGAACCGCAACCGAGCGAAGAUGUCGCGCUGGGGCAAGAACAUCGUGGUGCCGCUGGACUCGCUCUGCAAGGAGAAGGAGAACACCAACCGGCCCACUGUGGCCCGGUCCGUGGGCACCGUGGGCAAAUGGGGCAAGAUGGGCUUCACCUCCACGCGCACCUACACUCUGUCCGCCCUCCAUCCGAUGGCCGCGGCAGCGGCGGCGGCUGCAGCGGCCGCCAGCCCCUCUCAGAGUCCUGCCUCCACGCAGGACCACGAUCCCAACGACCUGUCCGUUUCGGUGCCGGAGCCGCCGAAGCCGAAAAAGUUCUUUAAAUCGAGGAACGCUGCUCCGCCGGAGGUUAUAGCGCAGAUAAUCCAACAGUUGCCGCAUUGCGGGGCCGGUGCAUCGCCGAUGCGAGAUCAGUUCUCCGGUGGUGGUGGUGCCACACCCACUUCCGGUGCCCAGGAGGCGGGCGGACUGAAGCUAAAGCCGGGCAAGGGUGGCAGUUCCGCAGAGCGGAAGCGCAAGUCGCCCAAGAAGAAGGCAGCAGCCGCAGCUGCAGCGCAAGGAGGAGGAACAGCAGCCACGACCACGCCAUCGACGCCUGGUGCGUUCUACGGCGCCUCCGAUCGGGAUGGCGAGGGGCUAAGUGAUCCCGCCUCGGAGCAGCCAGAGCAGCCGUCCAGUGCGUCGGGCAAACAGAACAAAAAGGAGAAGAAGCCAAAGGAGGAGAAGAAGCUGAAGCCGGAGGCACCACCCUCAAGGGUUUUGGGCCGGGCCCGCAAGGCCGUCAACUAUUGCGAAGUGGACGAGGACGAGCGCUAUCCCACGCCCACCAAGGAUCUGAUCAUUCCCAAGCCGACGCGCCAACCUGCGGAAGUGGCGGCUACAGCAACAGCCGCUGCGGCAACCUCCUUGUCGGAAGCCUUCAUCAGUUCCACGUUUGGCAGUCCGGGAUCAGAGCCGUCGCUACCCCCGCCCACAUCUGCGCCCAGCACAUCCGCGUCAUCUACGACAACUCAGUUGCCCUUCGCAUCCGGCGGUACGUCGAAUCCUCCAAGCGCCUCCCGCACGCCGGAACAUCCACCCAUCGUUCUCCGCAUUUCCAAGGGCACUUCGCGCUUGGUCAGCACGGAUAGCGAGGAGCCGCCGAGCAGUUCGCCCGCAGCUCACCAGAACCAGCACAACCUGCUUCCGGUCACGGAUGAGGAGCCAGCGGAUCGGACCGGAGAUGAAACAGUUCCUGCAAGUACGCCAAAAAUCACAGUGAAGCCACUGAGGCCGCCGCCGCUGUCAGCUGCAGAUUCGGUGGAGGCAUCAUCAGCGACAGGAGGUGGAAGUGGAGGAGGAGCAGCUGGCGAUUCCUUUGAGGAACGCAAGUCACUGGACCCCAACCAAGAAGACGAGGAGGACGAAGAGGAGGAGGACGAGGAGGAGGAACCGCCGGAGAUCAACUACUGCACGGUGAAGAUAUCGCCGGACAAGCCACCCAAGGAGCGGCUCAAGCUGAUCAUCAAGACGGACGUGAUCCGCAACGCCAUCGCCAAAGCCGCUGCAGCUGCGGAAUCCCGCAGCGAGAAGAAGUCCAAGAGCAAGAAGCACAAGCACAAGCAGCUGUUGGCUGCCGCGGGUCCUGGACCAGCAGUAGCCGCUCCAGCCUCAGCCCCUGGAGCUAAUCCCGCCGAGCCCAACUCUGAAUUCAAGACGCCCUCACCUCAUUUAGCCUUCAGCGAACAGGCCAACAACAGUCAGCAAGCGCAACAGCAUCCGCCAUCAAACCAACAACACCAUCAACUGCACCCGCAGCGAGGCUCCGCGGUCAUAUCGCCCACCACCCGAUCCGAUCACGACUUCGACUCGCAAUCCUCUGUGCUGGGCAGCAUCUCCUCCAAGGGCAACAGCACGCCACAGCUACUGGCGCAGGCCGUUCAGGAGGACAGCUGUGUGAUCCGCAGCCGGGGAUCCAGUGUGAUUACCAGUGAUCUGGAGACGAGCCAGCACUCCUCGCUGGUGGCCCCGCCCUCGGACAUUGAGUCGCGACUGGAGUCCAUGAUGAUGACCAUCGAUGGAGCUGGCACGGGAGCAGCAGCAGUGGUGGUGCCGGAGACGCCGCUGCAGGAAGACAUACUGGCGGUGCUACGAGGCGAAGUGCCGCGGCUAAAUGGCAAUACAGAUCCUGAGCCAAACGAGGAGGCGGAUCAACAGCAGCAGCAACCGAAGAGGGCGACACGUGGCAGGGGCAGGAAGGCCAAUAACAACGUGGAAGUACCUCCUCCGGCCACGGAGACCCGAACUCGAGGCAGAGCCAAGGGAGCAGAUGCGGCCGCGGCUGCCAUUUCGCCUCCAACGCCUAAGAGAACCACACGAGGCACUCGAGGCUCCAGAAAAAACGCCGAGCAAGAUGUCGACAUGGAAGUGGACGAACCGGCGGCCGCGGCGCCGGCGAACGAGGAGCAGCUGGAACAGGCUGCGGCUGCACCCCCGCCGCGAAGAGGACGCAAUGCUGCCGCCCGGGCCAAUAAUAAUAAUUCGGCCAGCGUCAAUAACAACAUUAACAAGAUAGCCGCCAAUCUGUCCGCUAAAGCUGAGGCCAGUCGCCUGAUGGAGGGCGGAGCGGCGGGUGGAGCACCACGUAGCUAUGGCCGAAAACGAAAGAACCAGCAGGUGACGCAGGUUCUGCAGCAGCAGGAACAGCAGCAGGCGCCCGAAGAGGAGGAAACUCCUGAGGGCAACGAGGAGGAACAACCCACGCCCGCUAAGAUUCCGCACACGGAUCACAGGGAACACUCGCCGGACCAUGAUCCGGAUCCCGAUCCCGACGAGCUCUCGAACAACUCAAACAACUCCUCGCUGCAGCAUGACGGAUCCUCCUCCUCGCCCCCGCCGCGCGAUUUCAAGUUCAAAGACAAGUUCAAGCGAACGCUCACCUUGGACUCCCAGGGAUCGGCCAAUGCGGGAGCGGGUGGCACCGCUGCAGCAGGUGCAGGGGCAGGAGCAGCGGAACCCUCUGCUGCCGAGCAACGAGGCGCUGUCAAGCUGGUCAUCUCCAAGAAGAAGGGCAGCAUUUUCAAGAGCCGCGCCCUGGUGCCAUCCGAUCAAGCGGAGCAGGCGUCGGUGGCCAAACGGCAUCUGUACAAGCACAGCUGGGAUGCGGCACUGGAGGCGAAUGGCGGCGGAACCGGCAGCGAUGCCAGCAAUGCCUCGGCAUCGGGAGCAGGCGUCGCCGGAGCCAAGGACCACCUACUGCUGCACCAUUUGGCGGCGGGCAAGUCCGAUGGCGAUUUCGGUGACAGUCCCUCGUCGAACAACAAUGGCUCCUCCAGUGCGUGCAGCAGUGCGUCCACACUGCGCGGCGAUAGUCCGGCGCUCGUGAAGAUCUCGCGGCAAGCGGGGAAACAGGGAGUGCCUGCUACCUCCACCAGUGUCGAUGCCUUUGAGCUCGAUUUGGAACCCAUUGCGGGUGAGCUCGAUCUGGAGCGCAGUGCAGCGGCAGCGGCAUUCGGUGGAGCGGGCGGAGGAGGAUCGACUGGCGGAGUGGGAGGAGGACCGACUGGCGGCGGCGGCGGGCCCAUUCGCGUCGAUCGAAAAACCAAGGACUACUAUACGGUGGUGCGAAACGUGAAGACGGCCCACCAGAUCCAGGAGAUUGGAGAGUACCAGGAAAUGGAUGACGACGUCGAGUACAUCCUGGACGCACUGCAGCCGCACAAUCCCCCUGCGACGCGCUGCCUCUCCGCCCUGCAACUGGCCGCCAAGUGCAUGAUGCCCUCCUUCCGGAUGCAUGUUCGUGCCCACGGCGUGGUCACAAAGUUCUUCAAGGCACUAUCCGACGCCAACAAAGACCUCAGCCUGGGCCUGUGCACCUCGGCCAUUAUGUACAUCCUCUCCCAGGAGGGCCUCAACAUGGACCUGGAUCGCGACUCCCUGGAGCUGAUGAUCAACCUCCUGGAGGCGGACGGCGUAGGCAGUGGCAGCACGGAGAGUGGACACCCGGAUCGGGCGGGCUACGACCGCAACAAGCAAAAGGUGCGGGAGCUGUGCGAGGAGAUCAAAGCGCAGGGCAAGGGCACGCAUCUCAAUGUCGAUUCCCUAACCGUGGGCACGCUGGCAAUGGAAACGCUACUAUCGCUCACGUCCAAAAGGGCGGGCGAGUGGUUCAAGGAGGAUCUGCGCAAGCUAGGCGGUCUGGAGCACAUCAUCAAGACCAUCUCAGAUUUCUGCAGACCGGUGAUUGCCUGCGACACGGAGAUUCACUGGCAGCCCGGGCUGCUGGACAACAUGCAAACGGUGGCGCGAUGUCUGCGAGUCCUCGAGAAUGUGACGCAGCACAACGAGGCGAACCAACGCUACAUGCUAACCUCAGGCCAGGGUAAAGCGGUGGAGACGCUUUGCCAACUGUACCGCCUGUGCAGCCGGCAACUAAUGCUGCAUCCCUCGGUGGACUGUGCUGGCAGCAACAAGGAGCAUCCGGGCGUGGCCAUGAGGGAGCUGCUGGUGCCGGUGCUCAAGGUGCUGAUCAAUCUGACGCACACGUUCAACGAGGCGCAGCCAUCGCUGGGCGCCGAGUUGCUCGGCCAGCGUGGCGAUGUGGUGGAGACGAGCUUCCGGCUGCUGCUUCUCUCGGCGAAUUACAUUCCCGACCAUUGUGUCUUCGAGCUGAGCAUACUGGUUCUCACCCUGCUUAUCAAUCUGUGUAUGCACACGCUGCCCAAUCGGGCUGCGCUAAUGCAAGCUGCCGCUCCGGCGGAGUACGUGGCCGACAAUCCGCCGUCGCAGGGAGCUGUGAGUGCGCUGCAAGCUCUGCUCGAGUACUUUUACAAGUGCGAGGAACUGGCCAGAUUGGUCGAGAAGAACACGGACGCCUUCCUCGAGAGCAACGAGAAGGGCAAAAAGAAACAAGAAGAAGUGGAGGAGACGGUCAACAAUCUUCUGCAACGCGCCGGCCACCACAUGGAGCACACGCUGAAGGGCAGUUAUGCGGCCAUUCUGGUGGGAAAUUUAAUCGCGGAAAAUGAGCUUUACGAGACCCUGGUGCGGCGACAGUUGCGAGGCAACAGCUUUAAGGAGAUUAUCGGUGUGCUGGAGAAGUACCACACGUUCAUGAACCUGACCUCCAGCUUGGAGGCAGCCUUUGUGGCGCACAUGAAGUCCACGAAGCGCAUCAUUGACAACUUCAAGAAGCGCGACUAUAUCUACGAGCACUCUGAUGACCACGACAACACCCUGCCCCUAAAUCUGGAGACGACGGCGCAAGUUUUGGCCGUGGAAACCGACACCGCGUCGCAUGCAGCUGCCUCGUCCUCAUCCACAUCCGUCUCCACUUCCUCAUCCACAUCGCCCACAGGAUCGACGAGAGUGACGCGGGUGUACAAGACGUACAGUAGCCACAGAUAAUCGAACUCGGAAUCGGGAUCGGAAUCGGAAUCGGAAUCGGAGAGCCAUCGCCAUUGUCGUUAACCACACCGAAAGCCUGCCACCAAAAUAAAAUUCUGUUGUUUGUGAUUAUGUAA